GCCCGGGCUGCGGGUUGUAUAUAAAGACGGCCCGGGUGCUGCCAGCCCGAGUUUCUGUCAGAAAAGAAGGUUCUCGAAGAGAGACCACAUCGAGGCCAGGAGCCCCGAACUGCUGAGGCUGGGACCCCGGGGUCCCCCACCCCCGAAAAGCGGCGUCUCUCAACCCAGCCCCGUUUGCCAGCAUUUUGACGUUUUCUCCUCAGAGCGUCAAGUUUACUCGGGGGCGUAACACAGGUCAUCCUGGCAUCUCCUGGCUUGACAGGAAACCAAAAAAAAAAAUUAAAAAGUGGGAAAAGGUCAAUUUUCUCGAAAGAGCCCCAAGUGACACUCCCCAGCGCGUGACCGGCUGUGCUGGCGAUCCUGCUGAAACAUUAACCUGACAGGAGUGACCGUGGUGACACCCGUGGGCGUUUUAGCCUGGACGCCACAGGAGGGCCUUGGUGGUAUGCGGUGUGGUCACCGUGCACAGAAUCAAAGACUGGCGUGUUUGCGGCAGGAGGAAGUGGAGCUCGGGGGUUGAGCAUAUACCACUCACUGAGUGGCGCACGAGCAAGAAAGCAGCCCGGUUCCUAUCCAUUCAGACAUUAGAAAAUAGGAAAGACUUCUGUGAUUUGUCAGCCCAUGGCUGCCAGUUUCGGAGUGAUGGGUGAUGACGGCUCUAUUGAUUACACGGUACAUGAGGCCUGGAACGAAGCCACCAACGUCUACUUGAUAGUGAUCCUGGUCAGCUUUGGUCUCUUCAUGUAUGCCAAGAGGAAUAAAAGAAAAAUAAUGAGGAUAUUCAGCGUGCCUCCUUCAGAAGAAGCUUCAUCAGAGCCCAACUUUUAUGACACAAUCAGCAAAAUCCGUUUAAGACAACAACUAGAGAUGUAUUCCAUUUCAAGGAAGUAUGAAUAUCAGCAGCCACAGAGCCAGGCUGACAGCGUGCAGCUUGUGUUGGAGUGAGGCCUUGGGAGCAGCAACGGGGAGUUGUUAAACAGCACGGUAGGGAGCUCCAACUCUCUCUACUAAGCCAUGAACAGCAUUUUAAGAAGAACUUCCAUCUGCCUGCAUAAAAUAAUUUCAUUUGGGACUUUACAUGUUUUUGGGGUGUGUAUGUGUGUGUGCUAAGUUUUACUGUUUCAGAUUUGCAUCUGCCAGCCAUCUGUUAGACAAAUACAGCUGGCUCAGAGGGCCUGAACACCGGGAGCCGCACAUGGCCAGGAAGACGCAGCAGCCACAUGCAGAGCCCGCGGCGGGAGCACCCUCAGACUCUACAGCAUAGUCGAUCCGUAAUAGAAGCAUCUUUGGAUGCAAGAAUCCUGGAGCUUCUGCCACUUAGAUUAGAAUAUAUUUUACAAAAUUAAAAAAAAUGGAAGUCCAGCCAUCGGGAUAACUUCCUCUUAGAUUCUGUUCUGUGAUGAUUGUAUCCGUAGCAGACUGAUUUGUGUUCUCUGCUGGUGAUGACUGUAUCCGAGAUCCUCAGAGCUCGCACGCACACUGUCUUCCUACAUCGCGAAGCGUCCCCUUCUGCUCACUUCAGAAGCUCUCUGUAACUGGAUUUUUUUCUUCCAUAAAUGUGAUCCUGGGAGUUUCUGUUUUGUUUUUUAAUCCCUUAGUUUAAUUUCUACCAGAUGGAUCUUCUUCAGAAGUGGACACUCCUGUAUUGGUGUUGGCAACCUGCUUUUCGGUCAAUUUAUCAUCAUUGUUUAAUGUUACUAUCUGGUUACUUCUACGCCUUUAACAUGAUAAGCUUUUCUGAAGACUCUCAGGUCUUGUCCCAUUUUGUGCUAUACAAAAAAUGAUUUUUUUUUAUUUAAAUAAAAGUGACUAGAGAUACUUGUAGGAAGUUCAACGGUCAAUCAGUUUUUCAAGUAAAACUAUUCUUAAUUCUAAAAGUUAAUCAUUUCAAGUAUUAUUUGCUUUUCUCUUUAUUACUGUGAAAUUGAAGAAUAUAAAUUUUAAAUGAAAAUUAAGGUUUAGGCCAAAUAAAAUUAUUCAAGGAAUUUGAA